UUCUCAAUCAAUCCCAGCUCCCGGGCUCAGCCAGUAGCGCGUUUCUUUCGAUGCGCUCGGCGCUCCGUCAGGAGCGUGAGUCCCCUUCCCGAGCCGGAGCCUGCGCUCUGGGCUCGACUGAGGCUCCCUGGCCGCUCGCGCUUUUCUCUCCUUCUCCAAGAUGGCGGCGGUCGGCGGCGCUGAGGCGGGAUCCGGGCGAGCCGAGUGAAGAUUGCUUUGAUGGUGAUCACAGCUCUGAGGACACAGGACUAGCUGCUGGCCGAAGCCAACGAGAAAAGAAACGUUCUUACAAAGACUUUUUAAGGGAAGAGGAAGAAAUCGCUGCUCAGGUCAGAAAUUCUUCCAAGAAGAAGUUAAAGGAUAGCGAACUUUAUUUCUUGGGGACGGACACGCACAAGAAGAAGAGGAAGCACUCCUCCGAUGAUUACUACCAUGGAGAUAUUUCGUCUUUGGAAUCGUCACAGAAGAAAAAGAAGAAGUCCAGCCCGCAGUCUGCCGAUACAGCCAUGGAUCUGUUGAAAGCCAUCACUUCCCCGCUGGCAACAGGCUCCAAGCCCUCCAAAAAGACAGGGGAGAAAUCCUCCAGUUCUUCAAGUCAUUCAGAGAGUAAAAAGGAACACCACAGGAAGAAAGUAAGUGGAAGCGGUGGGGAGCUGUCCCUGGAGGAUGGCGGUUCCCACAAAUCAAAAAAAAUGAAACCGCUCUAUGUGAACACAGAGACACUGACCCUUCGGGAGCCCGACGGCUUAAAGAUGAAGCUCAUUCUCUCGCCAAAGGAGAAGGGAAGCAGCUCGGUUGAUGAGGAGUCUUUUCAGUACCCCUCUCAACAAGCAACGGUGAAAAAAUCCUCUAAGAAAUCAGCUCGGGAUGAGCAAGGUGCUUUACUCCUAGGACACGAGUUACAGAGCUUUCUGAGAACAGCCCGGAAGAAGCACAAGUCCGCCUCGGACCCACAUUCCUCUCCUGGCCCCGAAGGCGGUGGGUCGGAUGCCUCCCAAUUCCCAGACUCCCACAGCGCUAACCUUGAUCUUUCAGGACUUGAACCUAUUCUGGUAGAAUCAGACUCGUCCUCUGGUGGGGAGCUAGAGGCUGGGGAGCUAGUGAUAGAUGAUUCCUACCGGGAAGUCAAGAAGAAGAAGAAGUCAAAGAAGAGCAAAAAGAAGAAGGACAAGGAGAAGCAUAAAGAGAAGCGACACUCCAAGUCCAAGAGAAGUUCAGGACUUUCGGCCGCAGCAGCGGGAGAGGCCCCAGUGGCUCCCGGCCCUCCUCCCAGCGCCCCGCACGCUGGGGCGGCUGCCCCUCCCCCCCCACUGCCCAGCCUCCACACAGAUGGGCAUGGUGAGAAAAAGAAGAAAAAAGAGGAGAAAGACAGAGAGAGAGAGAAAGGAGAAAAGCCAAAAAAGAAGAACAUGUCUGCCUACCAGGUGUUCUGUAAAGAGUAUCGUGUAACCAUCGUGGCUGACCAUCCAGGUAUAGACUUCGGGGAACUUAGUAAAAAACUGGCUGAGGUGUGGAAGCAGUUGCCAGAAAAAGACAAACUGAUUUGGAAGCAAAAAGCUCAGUAUCUGCAACACAAACAGAACAAAGCAGAAGCUACAACUGUGAAAAGAAAAGCCUCCUGCUCGGAAGUUCCCGUGAAAGUAAAAGCUUCCUCUGCAGGAGUACUGUCUCCCCAGAAGAAAUCCCCACCCACCACCAUGCUGUUACCAGCCUCGCCAGCCAAAGCCCCUGAGACAGAGCCCAUUGAUGUCGCUGCUCAUCUACAGCUGCUGGGAGAGUCCCUAAGCCUCAUUGGACACCGCCUGCAGGAAACCGAGGGCAUGGUGGCUGUGUCCGGCAGUCUGUCAGUGCUUCUGGAUUCCAUCAUCUGUGCGCUUGGCCCCUUGGCGUGUCUGACCACACAACUACCUGAACUGAACGGCUGUCCCAAGCAGGUCUUGGUGAGUUUUCCCUGUUUUCCUUGGCGUUUUUUCAGCCAGACCCCUCAGGAGCCACAGAGGCCCUGCCUUAACGAGCUCGCAGGCUUCCUGGCAGAUGGCGCUCCCUCCGUAUAUUGGCCCAAGAACGUGGUACCGGGUUGCUGAAUACAUGCUGUGCUUUGCGUGCAAUUAGAAAACGUGCCGUUUCCCAAAACAGUCCUUGGGAGAGAAGCAUUCUAGCCCCUGAGGGGCCGCACCUCCUGUGUUGCCCAUUUGCAUUUCUAUACACAGAGACGGAAGAGGAGGCUUCUGCCGCUUUUCCACGAGGAUUAAUGGGAAGAGUCAGCGGAAAAGCUCCUAGGGGAGCAGACAGCACGGUGCCAGCUUCACUCUCUAACUCUCGGUUUCCUUUCUCCUCUCUCUCCUCUGAACAAAGAAACAGGUCUCAGGGAACUAAGGUAAAGUACUGUUGGCUGAACCUCUUCCCUUGUUUUGCAGUCAAACACACUAGACAACAUUGCUUACAUCAUGCCUGGACUGUGACCUCGAGGAGUCCCGGGACAGAGACCUCAUCCAACCCCAUUGCUGGUUUGUGUAUAUGUGGAUGCGCCAGAUCACUGGUCUCCGGGUGUAGGUUUUAAAUUUUUAUACAUAUAUACAUAUAUAUAUACACAUAUAUAUAUAAUGUACAAUAUAUACAUAGGACUGUAACUACUUUGCUUUUAAUAAUUUUAUGAAAUGGCAAAGGUUUAGCCAAGAGGAAACCUUGGCAUGAAUAUGGACUUGGGAUUCUUUUUUUCUCCUGUGGUGGAUAAAUCUGCCUUAAAAAUCAAUGUAACUUGGGGGCUGGGGGCUUGUUCUGGGUGCCAAGGGCAUCUCUUUAUGGACAGCUAAAAAUGUGAUUUUUUUCCAAACUCAGCUGUACCUCCAGACCCAUCACUGACCACUUGCCUUACCUGUCUCACAGUCUGAAGUAUAAUAGGGAAGAUUAUGGGAAGAUGCCAGUUGCCUGAGAGAGUACAAAGCCUUUCAACUUGAAGUGACCUAGGCAGGAGGUGAUAAAAUCGUUCCCAUCUUCCAGUCACUGCAGUGGCUUAGGUGAACUUCAUAGGGGGUUCAUUCCGUUUCCUGCUCUACCGGUGUCUGUGUCUCAAAAUUUAUUGUAAUCAUUGGUACCAUUAGCAGCCUCAGUAGGGGCCGAGGAGUUACGUGAGCCCCAGCAGCAUGAAACACCUUGGAGAGGGUAAAGCUGUGACUGCACAAGUUGAACAUACAUUGUGAGCUGACCCAGAAUAUUCCAUCUGCAGAACUAAUUGCUGGUAUCUUCCAUUGGCAGCAUUUGCUUAGCCACCGAGUCCUCACAGGUUUUGCUGCUUAGUUGCUUGAUGGUUGUGGAAGAUGAACUUGGCCCAGCGUGAUUCUUGGGUUCAUCCAAUUGGCUCCCCUGGUGGGCAGAUACCCAGUGUUCUGCAUUCCACACAUAAGUGAAUUGCAAAAAAGUACUCGAUUCUCAUGUAGGUUUAUUUAUGUGCGCGUGUGAAUGUGUGUUUUAAUUAUGUGUAUUUAACUCUUUAAAAUCUCUUAGAUUUUAAUUUAUCCUGUAAAUUUCUGUAUAUAUAAUUUAAUAACAAAAGCCUCCACCAGCAACAGCACGUGGAAGACACAGAUUUGUCAUUUCUUCCCUCCUUCUUUCUUCUGAUCUCUACUGAAAACUCCCAAGUCAUUUACAUUUUAAGGUAUCAUGCCUCAAAAAGGAAUCAUUAUGUCAGGAUUCUAAUUCUUUAUAAUUCAAUAAUGUCAAGAAAGUAAAAUUAAAAGGAAUGUUACCAUUCCCAGCUGCCCACUUUUCCAAAGAACCAGACUCCUGCUUCCCAGUUCCGAAGAAGACAGUUGAACGCUUGAGGGUUGUUUUCCAACUGGGUGUGAGGUUCCCUGCCAAAACUAAGCUCCGGGGGAUCUGCGCUUUCUUCCCCUGGCCGAGGCACAGCACUACAGCAUCUAAGUAGAUCUUCGAGGACCCUUCAGCCAGCCUGCAUCCUACUUAAUCCCUUCCCUUCUCCCCACCCGAGGGGUCGCAGGGCUUUGUUUCCUGAAGGUGCUCUAGCUGCUGAUUGGCCCUCAGCUCAGAGCCGUGGGGAAGUUUAAUUGGGGAGACGGAAGGAAAUGGGUGUGUUUGGGAACCAAAAUCAAGAAGAGCAGAUCUGGGUUUGAUUUCUCGUGUCAGACCCUGUGCCACGCCUCAUCUGUACCGUGGAAGCUUCCUGUUUGACACAGGGUAUCAAGGAGGGGCCUUGAAGACAAGGAUUAGUAGGAAAGAAGUCAGUCAGUCCCACCAUUGUCAUUUGUGCACAUGAAUGAAAUCCUGAUGAGGACCUGCUUUUUGUUGGUUUGUUUUCCUUUAAAACCCAACCCUAUUGUAUUUGUAUUUAAAUUUGUACACAUUUGUAUGAUAAUCUGUACCUUGUGGUAUUUGGUACUAUUAGAGGAAAAACUUUGGACUCAGACCUUCUUGCAGUUUUUAUAUCAUUGUUUUAUUUUGUUUUUUAAAUAAAUUCUAGUGGUUUGAUCCAAAUCCCAUUACAGUUGUAUAAAGAAAUAAAAUUUUGUACUUAUAUUAUUAAAAAUCACAUUUUUAAUAUUUGUAGUCCGGUCUCAGGUUAUCUUUUCCCUGUUGCUGAGCAAGUUGCUAUGAAAUUCUAAAACCUGUCAUUUUUCACCUAUAUUGUACCA